AUGCCUGCCACUAAGCGCCGUCACCAACAAGUAAAGAUCGAAAGUCGGUCUGCAAGUCCCGAAAUUAAAGAGAAGGAAGACGUCAACAAGCUUCUCAUCUCCGCCUGCGUCAAAGUCUUGUCGCGUGUGCACCCGAAAGGAAUGACUAGUAAAGAGCUUUCUGCAGAGCUGCUGGGCGACUCCACGUUGUCUCUGCCGUCUAAUCUGUCAUCCACCACCCUUUCGUCCCGGCUGAAUGGACUGUUUCGAAAGUACCACGGGGACAGCCCCGAGCCUACUGAUGACCAGCUGAGUGUUCUACCGAUUCGACGAGAGACCAGCUCAGACUUGCCAAAGCGAUUGGUUUAUACGUAUUGCGAGCCUGAGUACUCCGAAGCCAACGAGCCGGUGACCCCGCCAGCCGACGAACACGAGCCGGUUGCAAAGCGCCCGCGUUUCGAAGAACGUGAAGAGGCGCGCGAAGAGGUUACUUUCACUUCCCCAGUGUCACAUACCCCGUCAGAAUCCGGCUCUGCGUCUGAGAUUGAUCAGGUCGAGCCCGUGCCCGAACUGGAGAGAGUCGGCAGCGAUGUGUCUGACCUAAUCUCAGAGCCGGGCGAGCCCACCCCUUCUGCACAUACUGAUGCGCCCAACCAGGCAGCGGAAACGCUAGAAUCUGUCUUGUCGCGCAUUCCUUCCAUCGCCGGCCGCCCCAUGAACAAAGUCAAUCUCUACUAUGAUGCUCUGGGCACCGAAGCUCUGUCGGCAGUCUUAAAUUCAGGACCGUACCCCCUCGAGCUUUCGUCCUGGAACAUUGACUUCACCAGCGAGUUCGUCUUGCCAGAAUCCGUCGCACCCGAAGACCUCGAUUCUUUCUUGUACUAG